AUGGCGUCCUCCUCGGUCCCGCCGGCCGCUGUGCCGGCGGCGACAGCGGCCCCCGGCGCGGGUUUCGGCUUCGCCUCUAAAACCAAGAAGAAGCAUUUCGUGCAGCAGAAGGUGAAGGUGUUCCGGGCGGCCGACCCGCUGGUGGGCGUGUUCCUGUGGGGCGUAGCCCACUCGAUCAAUGAGCUCAGCCAGGUGCCUCCCCCGGUGAUGCUGCUGCCAGAUGACUUUAAGGCUAGCUCCAAGAUCAAGGUCAACAAUCACCUUUUCCACAGGGAGAAUCUGCCCAGUCAUUUCAAGUUCAAGGAGUAUUGUCCCCAAGUCUUCAGGAACCUGCGUGAUCGGUUUGGUAUUGAUGACCAGGAUUACCUGGUAUCCCUUACCCGAAGUCCCCCAACUGAAAGUGAAGGCAGUGAUGGUCGCUUCCUUAUCUCCUAUGAUCGGACUCUGGUCAUCAAAGAAGUAUCCAGUGAGGACAUUGCUGACAUGCAUAGCAACCUGUCCAACUACCACCAGUACAUUGUGAAGUGUCACGGCAACACACUGCUGCCCCAGUUCCUGGGGAUGUACCGGGUGAGCGUGGACAGUGAGGACAGCUACAUGCUUGUGAUGCGCAACAUGUUCAGCCACCGUCUCCCCGUGCACAGGAAAUACGACCUCAAGGGCUCCCUAGUGUCCCGGGAAGCCAGCGAUAAGGAGAAGGGUAAGGAGCUGCCCACCCUCAAGGACAUGGACUUCCUCAACAGGAGCCAGAAGGUUUAUAUUGGUGAAGAGGAGAAGAAAGUCUUUCUCGAGAAACUAAAGAGAGAUGUGGAGUUCCUGGUGCAGCUGAAGAUCAUGGGCUACAGCCUUCUUCUGGGCAUCCACGACAUCAUUCGGGGCUCUGAGCCAGAGGCGGACGCGCCGGCGCGGGAGGAGGAGCCAGAGGCGGACGGCGCCUGCGGCCCGGCGGCACCUCCCGCGCCGCUGGGCUCCUGUGGCGCUUCCGCUGAGGGCGUCGGCGGCUGCCUCCACCCGCACCGGCCCUUGGGCCCCGGCGAGUUCGAGUCCUUCGUCGACGUCUACGCCAUCCGGAGCGCUGAGGGGGCCCCUCAGCAGGAGGUGUACUUCAUGGGUCUCAUCGACAUCCUGACGCAGUACGACGCCAAGAAGAAAGCGGCCCACGCGGCCAAGACCGUCAAGCACGGGGCGGGGGCAGAGAUCUCUACUGUCCAUCCUGAGCAGUAUGCUAAGCGAUUCCUGGAUUUUAUUACCAACAUCUUUGCCUAA